GUCCCUCGUCUCCACGGCAACGGCGACGCCGCAGACCGGCAGCGGCUGGCCCCGCGGCGUGAGGCGCCUGCCCUGCCGCUGCCUUCCCCUUCCAGCUCAUGGCGGGGGCUGAUCAACAAGCGCCAACGCACGGCCCCGGAGAGCUGCUGCUCCCUUCUCAAGGCCUUCCGCAACACCUCUCGGAGGGAGUUCCCGAGGAGCUGCCCCAGGAUGAGCCCAGCCUGCAGCAGCCGCAGCUCACUCUGCCUUACCACGGGGACGAGGAGGAUGAGGAUGAGGACGAAGAGGUCUCAGACCGCAUAGAGGAUCACUUUGAUGGAGUGUUGAAGGAAGACAUGGUGGCUGAGGGACUCCACGAGCUGGGGCGCUCAGCCCCUGGUAUUGAAUACGUUUAUCUUCAUCUGUCACUUGCAGGUCGUGAGUUAAGUGACAUUAACAUCCUCUCCAAAUACAUUCACCUACAGAAGCUGGAAAUUCCAUCUAAUAAAAUUAAUGAUCUUUCUUGUGUCAGUCACAUGCCUUACUUACUGGAACUGAAUGCUUCCAACAAUGAACUGACUACCUAUUUCAGUUUUCAGCCACCUAAAAGCCUCAAGGAAGUGGAUUUUUCCUGCAAUCAAAUACCUAAAAUGCAAGAUUUGUCAGCAUAUCAGUCACUUACUAAACUCUUGCUGGAUUUUAACAACAUAGAGGAGAUAAGAGGACUGGAGAAGUGUCACAGCCUGACUCAUCUCAGUUUGUCACACAACAGACUGGUUGCAAUCAGUGGACUUGAGCACUUACCCAUCAGAAUACUCAAUCUGAACUCAAACCAGAUUGAGGCAAUAACUGGGUUGGGCAGCUUGAAAACCCUACAGAAGUUGGACCUAUCCAGGAAUAAGAUAACAAGCCUACAUGGCUUGGAGGAACAUGAUCUACUGGAGGUGAUCAACCUGGAGGACAACCAGGUUGCUGAGCUGCAUGAACUUGAAUGCAUUGAAGAGCUGCCUCUGCUCAGAGUUUUAAAUCUUCUGAGAAAUCCUCUGCAGGAGCAAGCAGAUUAUUGGCUCUUGGCGAUUUUCACCUUGCUCCGACUCACAGAGCUGGAUGGCAGGAAGAUUUCAGUGGAGGAAAAGGUUGCUGCUGUGAAUAAAUAUGAUCCUCCUCCCGAAGUUGUGGCUGCCAGAGAUCAUAUGACUCAAGUGAUGUACAGCAUGCUACAGCCCCAGAGAAUCUUGGACAGCACUUUGCCUAGUCUUGAUGCUGCCUACCCCAUGCUGGUAUUAGUUGGCCCUUUAGCCUGUGGUAAGAGAGAGCUCACUCAUAAGAUCUGCAGGCAGUUCAACAACUUCUUCAGAUAUGGUCCUUGCCACACUACCAGGGCAGCUUACUUUGGUGAAGAAAACAGACUUGAUUACUACUUCAUUUCCCAAGAAGCCUUUGACCAAAUGGUGAACACGGGGAAGUUUAUAGCAACCUAUAAAUACAGUGGCUACUGCUAUGGACUGGGAAGAGAGACUGUUGAAUCAGUUGCCAGAGAAGGCCUUGCAACCUGUGUUCAUUUGGAAGCAGAGGGGGCAAGGAGCUUGAAAAAUACCUACUUCAAACCCAGAUACAUCCUGCUAGUACCAAUGAACAAGGAGAAAUAUGAGGGGCAUCUGAGGAGGAAAGGAUUAUUCAGCAGGCCAGAGAUUGAAGAGGCAGUCUCCAGAGUGGACAUGUACAUCAAAAUGAGUCAGGAGAUCCCAGGAUUCUUUGAUGCAGUGGUCAACACAGAUGACAUGGAGGAGGCAUUCACAGAGCUGAGCUUCCUCAUAAAGGCAUUCCUGGGCUUGGAGCCACCUGCAGAUUCUGACAGCACUCAGGAGUUGCACAUCAGAGCAAGAGCAGGUUCAGGAAUAAGGUUCUUACAAGAGCAAAGAUUGUCACCUGCUGGAGCAACUACUGGAACCACUGAGCCUUCACCUGCUAAUGAGUUCUUGGAGUCUUCUGCCAAAAUCUAUCCAGGAGACACCUUUGACAAACUUGCUGAACAGCUAAGCUCUGUGGAAGAAGCUUCCUUCCGAAGGCGCCGUGCGGCUCUGCGUCAGGCUCUGGCAGGGAAGGCACCCACUGUGUACCUCCAGCUCUUCCAAAGCUCCAGGGAAUCUGGUCUUGCUACUGGACAGCUUCUAACCUCACCUGGUGCUUCUGCUGCUGAACGUCUGACAGUUGGAACUCCUAUCCCCCAUGGUCACCUUGCUGAAGAAGCCAAAGCUGAGCAGCAGGAUGCCAGAGGAGCUGGAAGUGGAGCGGAUCGACAGAAAGAGACUGACCUCACAAGUGACACCCUCCAGAGACAACCCAGCAAGUCCAAGGCUGCUCCUCCUCAUCUGCCUCAGCUCAUCAGCUGGCCAGGCUCUCACUCCAGACCCGUCCUACCUCCCAUCCCACCUGGCCGAAAGAAGACCAACCCUUGAUGCCCACUACCAGCCCAGACUUUGCCAUGGCUACACUAAACAUUUCCCACAGGAAGGCUGAUUGCUGAGCUCUUUCUCUUUCCACAAAGCAAAGCCUGUCAAAUACCAUCUCUCUAAAUCCAUCUCUGAUUAACUCUCUCCCCUCCAACAAAAUGUUAUUUAUUCAUAACUAUAUUAAAAACUCAUUUCUGUAUUUCCCACACCUAGAAAAUUAUUUCCCCAGGCUCUCCUAGCUGGGGAAUGGUGCAGACUUUUUCCUGCCAGCCACAAGACCAUAUCUUCCUCUUCAUUUCUCUCCUUCCUCUUCUUUUUUUUUUUAGCUGAGAGAUUUUAAUUGAGGUGUGGAAGCAGCAAGGCCUCUGCUAAUAUUGCAGGGCAGGUUAAUGAUUAUGAGGAGGGGCAUUGUGAAAUGUUCAGAGUGAGGUUAGGAGUGAAAACUAAUUCCAGUAUGGCUUUUUGAAGGGAUGAAGCUGAAUUCUUUGAUUUAGAAGUGUAUUUAAACAACCUAGGAAGGAGUCAUCAGGAAGCAUUAGUGAGGAGUAGCUGCAGCUCUUCAGUGGUUUGUAAAGAUUUGUUUUUCCUCUAUCUGGAGCAAAGCUCUGGCAAGUAAAUAAAACUCUUGAGUUAA